AUGUCCCAAAAUGGCAAUUCAACUCCGAGGGCGUUCUUCAAGUCAGGUCUCUUGUGCCUCCCAAUGACUUGCAGCGGAACACUCCACUCAUCAACGUGUGCGGCGGAGCUGAGGGGUGCCCAUGCCCAGUUUUUCCUGUCAACUCUCGCUGACGAUCUACGAUCUACGUUCAACGACCCACGGCCGACUGCACACAACUUUCCCAGCGGAGAAGAAUAUCAAGUUGUCGACAUUUCAGGCGAUGAUACGAUCAUGGCACUGUUAACCGACUUGAUCGGUGCACACGAUAAUUUGGAUGAGGAGCCUAUGUUCCUAAACCACACUCACAACAUCCUCGGAGUCGUUAUAAGCUUCAUGGUGUUGACAUGGAUUUGUGCCCUGCUGCGACUUUACACUCGACUUUUCAUUGUGAAGUCGCCCUGGUGGGAUGACUUCUUUAUGGUGCUAGCAGUUGCUACGACAUCUGCUGGUUCUAUAUCAAUAUGUCUUUCAACAGCUGCUGGCUUUGGACAGCAUUUUGUGCUCCUCGGAGAAGCAAAGAUGGCUGAAUAUCUAAGGAUCUUCUACAUCGCCAACGCCACAUAUCCAAGCUCGGCGGGCUUUAUCAAAUUGGCAUUGCUUUUUCAGUACCUCAGACUCUAUGAGAGAGGAACACGUCUAUGGUAUAUUACCGUAGGGACCAUCAUAAUUGUCUCUGGAUGGUGUAUAGCAUACGGAUUCCUUGCCUGGGUGCCUACCGUUCCCGUCGAAGCCUAUUGGAAUCUAGCAAUUCCUGCAACACGAUACGCGUUCGGAUCACUAUCGGUAGACACUUUUGUUGCAACUUACACGAGCUUGACCGCAACCAAUAUGAUCUUGGACAUGAUGAUUCUUGCUAUUCCUGCACCCUUGCUACUAUACAACAAGACUAGCAGCAGGAAGUCACGAUGGGCUUUGGUUGGUCUCUUCAGCGUCGGCAGCAUGGCCAGUAUUUUCUCCAUUUGGCGUCUUGCCUCGAUUGUCGAGACACGAGCAGCCACCUCGCCAACGUUUGAUCCCACUUGGUAUGGCCCAACACCGAUCGUCCUCGCCGCUCUCGAAGUCGACGUUGCGACGAUAUGUGCUGCACUACCGGUGUUUUGGCCCGUACUCUCACAAAUAGACAUGUCUCAGAUCCUGGUGACACGCGAAGUCAAAGUGACCCUUGAGCACCGCCGCCUCAGCACAGGUGGCACAGAAAACGACCCUGAUGACGACGGAAUCGAGCUGCAGAGAAGCAAGAGUGGGCUACAGGCUCAGAGUAGUAGGGGUUACUACGAAGACCCUUAUGUGGCGCAGCAAGUCAACCCAUUCAAGGAAGCAGAGGAGUUCGGUUCGAGAGCAGAGGUCAAGAACACGUCUCAGGGCACUAGCCAUUCAAGAAAAGAAAGUCUGAAGGGCAUCGUGAGACCUCCAGAAUCCAGGAUGCAGAGUAAUGCACUGGAAGAGUUGUGCGAUGAUUGGUUUCAAGGCACAGUCCUUGCCAGGUGCCCAACUUCGAGCAGCACUGCAAGGGCCGAUGCGAACAAGUCUGUUGAGGUCAUCUCCAAUGUGACGACUGUGGCUGGGACCAUGGGUUCGAAACCAGAUCGAAUGUUUAGCAAUAUUGUCUGUGGAACUCUCCCCAAUGGUUGUCUCAUCUACGCCACAGCUUUCCCCAAGAUCCACACGCCCUUGGAUCAGUGGAUUCCGAAAGUUGUUGUUGACUCGGCGCGAAAUGCUAUAAUUGCCACCUCACGGGGUGGGGAUCCGGAUGGAAUUGGCAUGGCGCUCAUGAGGUUCUCAGCUGUAGAGCAUUCAAACAAUAUGGGUGCGAACUUGGCCUGCGAGGCCAAGUUCUCAUCGUCCGUGUGCCAAAGGUUCCGGUCCUUCGGGCCACCUAAAUUUAGCAAAUCCACGGAUACGCGAAACCUUGUUGACGCCAGCAUCAAACUGGUCAGCAGUCUUCCCAUCAUUCACUUUUUCACAGGCGCCCUUUCCGUCUCGAGCACCACAUUGACUUUCCCUACAGACACUCUGCAGCCUGUCAAAUUCCAAUUGGUCAGCUUCCUGCUCCCUCUAGGCGCUUCGUUGCGAGCAGCAUGCAUUGGAUCAACGCCAGCAAACUCUACCGCCAAAGUCAGUAUGUCUACCACCUUUGUGGUCAGUGGUGACGAGAAAGAAGCCGAGCGGGAGGUUAUCACCGUGUACCACCGACGAUCGAAGUGCAGUAUUACAGAGAUCACCACCGCGGAGAUCAGCCUCCCUGACAAUGACCAACGGCCUGUCAUAUAUGCCGGUCAUCCCGUCCGAGAGGCACAUCGAGAAAUUCGCUUGCUUGUGCUACUGCCAGCUUCUACUUCGCAUGAUGAGGUACGCUGCGAAUUUCGUGUAAUAUCUCUGGGGUCUUCCACCAAAAGCACCCCGACGCCCCACGCUUCACGGUACGAGGCAUUAUCAUACACCUGGGGAGAAUCAACCAGCAACCGUUCGAUCACUCUCUGUGGCCAGACGAAUUUUAAUGUCACGGAUAACCUCUACGCCGCUCUGAUUCGCCUACGCCGUGCAGAUGCAAAGAGGAUUCUCUGGGUCGAUGGUUUGUGCAUUGACCAGGACCGCAAUGCCGAACGAAACUGGCAAGUCGCUCUCACGGCCCAGAUAUUCAGGACUGCCGACACAGUUCUCAUCUGGCUGGGAGACUACGAUGUGCACUACGAGCCGACUGCGGACAGGGAGAAGGACCAACAAAAUUGGCUCAGACAAAGCGGCAGGGCGUUAGGACAUGCGUUAUACGAGCCCCUCUGGUCGGAAGGCGCUUGGUCCAUCCAGGCAGCAGUCCUUGCAACUGUUCCUCCGACAUUUCAAUUUGGAUCUUGCUCCUGGAGUUGGGAUGUUCUCGUCGACGAGCUCGCCCAGUGGCCGCGGCGAAAACUACCGCGCGACGCUAUCGCGAAACUUCGAAGGCUUCGGGAACAAAUAUAUGAACUCGAUAGGUUACGAAAUCAAUUUGCAUCUGGAGGAGUCCGAGAACGAGAAGACACAGCCGGUCUGAUACAUUACCUCCCAAGCCUAGCACGGCGCGAAGCUGCAGACCCCAGAGACAUGAUUUAUUGCCUCCACGGCUUGAUCAAGAAGGAAGAGAGCGACGCAAUCAUCCCCAGCUACGAUGAACCACCCGCGCAGUGCUAUAGCAAAGCAACUUUCGCGCUUAUCUCGUCCGAGAAGCACCUCGCCUGCAUGGGCUUAGCCCAGCACGGAGACAUACCAUCGUGGGCUAUCGACUUCACGCUUUCAGGCUGCGAAGUUGACAAUGCGCAGCUGGAGUUAGCAAAAGGCACAUUGUCGAAGAUGAGACGUCGCGAAAUAUGGCAUGAUUAUCUCUUCGAACCGCCGCCACCACCGUCACUCAGUGAGGAUGGCUCUAGACUUCGACUCUCCGGCUUCAUUCUGGAUCGCGUAGCCCAGACGACAGUUGCAAGCCGACGCUGUGAGACCUGCCUGGGCCUCGAAGAAUAUCGCUCGUCCCUCCAAGGUCUGUUCUCAUCGAUGCCUCCCGUGCAUCCACGUCAGGCUCUGAUGCAGGGCUAUCGCCCUGUUGCCAUUGAACCAGGCCUGUUAAGUCCUGACUGGACAAAUCUCACGUCUGUCUUUGAUUACCAGCUACUCGAUACCGAGAGACUUGGUUUUCAACUUGCCGACACCUGGUACUCUGCGACGGGACUCGAGAGCCCCUUUCUCACCAGUCUAUGGUGGAAGAGCAUUCUUGACUACACCAAGAUCGUAUCAGACCCUGAGCCGGUAUGGUUUCGUACAUCAUAUGGCUUUGUCGGUUACAGCCCUAGGCUUCUGGAACCCGACGAUGUGUUAUGCCUGGUGACUUCUAACACACAUCCGAUGGUUCUCAGGAGGGCUGAGUGUGGAUAUACCUUUGUUUGUUUUGCUUGGGUCCCAGGCCUCAUGAACCACGAGAUCGACGGCAUUUUGUACGAAAUAGGCCCGACUGAGAUUGAGACAGAAUCUGGAGAACUGAUCUGGCCUGCGCCAGAGGAGCAGAUCGAGUUGGCCAGAGAUUUCAUACUUGAAUGUGCCUCAUCGGGGAAGAAGACUCUGAUUGUGCCGGACAAGGAUGCCGACGGACUCAGCUCCGGAGCAAUAUUGCAAAAGACACUUCUACUUCUCGGGUCAGAUGCAGAUAAUAUAUCUGCACAUUUGCUCCAGAAAGGAAGCAGUAUUCACGAUAAUGCUGAACGAGCCGCAAUGGAAGCCCUUGACCCGAGUUAUAUCUUCGUACUCGAUCAAGGGUCAAGAAAGUCCCCUCCAGUGAUCGACAAACAGCACAGAGCCUUGAUCAUUGACCAUCAUCACGCUCUUGAAGACGAUUUCCCGGAAGGCUCUCAGCAUGUUACUGCUUGUAACAGUCCGCCAGUGGCAACCAGCUCGUUGUUAACUUACCUCAUCUGCCGCGAGCUCCACGAGGAUGUCCAAAAAGAAUGCGACUGGCUCUGUAUAAUGGGCACACACGGCGACUUGGGCAAUACUUUGAAAUGGGAACCACCAUUCCCUCAAAUGAAGGAUACUUUCAAGUUAUAUACGAAGAAAGCUAUAAACGACGCCGUCUCGCUUGUCAACGCUCCUCGACGAACAGCAGCGUUCAGCGUGCCAAAGGCUUGGGCUGCCCUGACCGAGGCCAAGGCACCGUCAGACCUGCUCAAGAACAGAGAGCUUCUCACAGCCCGCGCAGAAGUCAAUGCCGAGGUUGAGCGAUGCACGCACACUGCGCCCAAGCUCAGCUCAGACGCCAAAAUUGCAGUGUUCAGGAUCAACUCAGAGGCACAGAUCCACCCGGUGAUCGCUACGCGGUGGGCCGGCCAUUUACAGUCGAACAAGCUGGAAGUUGUCAUGUGUGCGAAUGAGGGGUAUCUGCCGGGUAUGGUCAACUUCUCGUGCCGGAUUCCACGGACAGCCAGGGCAAGGGAUCCGCCCGUAAACAUCAUCGAGGUGCUGGAGGGGAUCGCAGCCAAGGCUACGGAUGGGACACUGCGGGCCAGGCUGGGGGAGUCUUUCGCGAGAGGGCACAAAGAGGCUAGCGGGGGAAUAGUUGCGGUAAAGGAGUUCGAGGAGUUGAUGGAGAUCAUGCAGGUUGGAAAGAAGCCUGAGGGUAGUACGCCGAAGAAAGGGGGCGAGGUCAAGUCAGGAAACCCCAUCACAAAUUACUUUGUGAAGAAGACAUAG